AUGGAGGGCGUUGAUCUCACCAAGGCCAUGUUGAACAAGGGGAAACAGAUAGCCAGUGUGGCUGCCUCCGCUGCCAAUGGCAACGGCGGCAAGAAGAGGAGAAAGGGCACUGACCUCAAACCCAUCGUCACCAAUGAUGCAAAGUCGGGCGAAGCGGGCGAGGCCACAGAAUCCAGUGGCGCCGCACCAAAUUCUAAAGCCAUUGGAACGUCAGGUUCGCGCUCGCCGUCUACCUCGUCGGGCGACGAGCUCGAAACCGCCGCCGAGGAGGAAGAUUCCGAGGAUUACUGCAAGGGUGGUUAUCACCCGGUAGCCGUGGGCGAGACAUAUAACAAUGGCCGGUAUGUCGUGGUGCGCAAGCUUGGGUGGGGCCACUUCUCGACCGUGUGGUUGUCGAGGGAUACGACCACGAACAAACACGUCGCGUUGAAGGUCGUUCGCUCCGCCGCCCACUACACCGAGACCGCCAUAGACGAGAUCAAGCUGCUCAACCGAAUCGUCCAAGCGAAACCUUCCCACCCGGGCCGCAAGCAUGUGGUCAGUCUGCUGGAUUCGUUCGAACACAAGGGACCCAACGGCGUCCACGUGUGUAUGGUGUUUGAGGUGCUGGGCGAGAAUCUGCUGGGUCUGAUCAAGCGAUGGAACCACCGGGGCAUCCCGAUGCCAUUAGUCAAGCAGAUCACGAAGCAGGUGCUACUGGGAUUGGACUACCUGCAUCGCGAGUGUGGGAUUAUUCAUACGGACCUCAAGCCGGAAAAUGUGUUGAUUGAGAUUGGCGACGUCGAGCAGAUUGUGAAAGCUCACGUACAGCAAGAAGAGGCGCAGAAGGAGACGGAGAAUAAGGAGGACAACCGGAAUGGGCGGCGGCGACGGCGCACGUUGAUUACGGGCAGCCAACCGCUUCCCAGCCCGCUGAACACCAGCUUCAGCAGCUUUGAUUUCAAACACAGCUCGUCCAAUUCGCACAGCAGUUUGAGCCAGAUGGUGAACGAUCCGACACCAAAUGAGCCAUCGAUGAGGGAGACCCUCGGGAUCAAGACCGAGGAUGAGCAGCAGAAGACGCGAGAAAAGACAGCGUACGCCCCCUCCCAGAAGUGGACAUUCACUACCGCCCGUACCACCCUGAAGCUAACGUAUCCCCCAAGUGAUCUCCUGGAGAGAGAAGUAUCCGGUAUAUCUCUCGACAAGAGCUCGUCAAGGAAGUCUCUCGAAGAGGAGAUCGACGCUAGCAUUAUCUCUGUUAAGAUCGCCGAUCUGGGUAACGCAUGCUGGGUUGGCCAUCACUUUACCAACGACAUCCAGACGCGGCAAUACCGCUCGCCGGAGGUUAUACUAGGUGCGAAAUGGGGGGCCAGUACGGACGUGUGGAGUAUGGCAUGCAUGGUCUUUGAACUCAUCACGGGAGACUAUCUCUUCGACCCGCAAUCCGGCACCAAGUAUGGCAAAGACGACGACCACAUCGCCCAAAUCAUCGAGCUGCUUGGACCUUUCCCCAAAUCUCUCUGCCUGUCUGGUAAAUGGUCGCAAGAUAUCUUCAAUCGCAAGGGCGAGCUGCGCAAUAUCCACCGCCUGCGCCAUUGGGCCUUGCCGGAAGUCCUACGCGAGAAAUACCACUACAGCGUGGAAGAAGCCAUGCGCAUCAGCGAAUUCCUCCUGCCCAUGCUGGACCUGUCGCCGGAGAAGCGCGCCAACGCCGGCGGCAUGGGGUCGCACGAGUGGAUGAAGGAUACGCCAGGCAUGGACGGGAUCAGCCUAGGCAUUCCGCCGGGGACGCGGGGCGAGGGGAUUGAGGGGUGGGCGGCCGAAGUCAAGCGGCGCUAG